AUGGAUAUUGAUAAUGAAGGAAAAGAUGUGGAUCAAAAGAAUUUUCGUGGGAUUAUCGGAUCACUUCUAUACCUAACAGCAAGCAGACCUGACAUUUCGUUUGCUGUUGGGGUAUGUGCUAGAUUUCAAGCUAAACCAAAAGAAAGUCAUUUAAGUGCAACCAAAAAGAUCUGGAGAUAUCUUAAGGGGACACAAAGCGUUGGGCUUUGGUACCCGAAAGAAGGAUCUUUCUAUCUAGUUGGCUAUUUGGAUGCCGACUUUGCUGGAUGCCGAAUAGAUCGAAAAAGAAUGAGUACAGGAAGUGAAGUAAAAACAACAAUCACCGAAAAGAGAAAAAAAGAGACUGAAAUCCUUCAUGAUCCUCUAAUUAAUGAAGGGGCACUAAACAAAUUUCUAGCAAGUUCACAACAUUUACAAAAUCUUCUUUGUGAACCAACGGAGCAAGAAUCACGUGAAUCAUUUCACUCAGUUGGCAACACCAUAGGAUAUGCAAAGGAGGAUAGUGUGCUGGAAAGAAGCGAUAGCUAUGAUUAUUCACCAUCAAGCACUCCUCCAAAAUUUCCCUCACCACUCAAGUCCACAGCUAGCAGCAAGAAGAAAGGGCCCUAA